GUUUCUUGUGUGUGUUAUUUGUGGCGCCUUGUGUUUUCUAUUGGUGUUAUUAAUGAUUCAAGAUCAGUGAACACAAUGGCUGAUGAUCUAGAUAACAUGUCUGAUGCCGACAUUCGGACAAGGCUGUCCGAAUUUGGCUUUCCAGUCGUGCCUAUAACUGCAACCACUAGAAAAACUAUGGUGAAGAAGUUGCGAAUGCUGAUAGAAAAUCAAAAGAAAAUUUCUAAAUCUAGUCGAAUGUCUUUAGCAAAGUAUUCAAGUGGAGAAGAUUCCGAUGUAGAUACAAACAAGAAAGUGACUGAUAAGAGCCGAAGAUAUACAACCGUUGGCCAAAUGUUACCCCCUGUAACAAAAAAAGAACCUGUUAAGACCCGUCGAGUAACAAGAUUGUACAAAACUACCACAACUACUAAAGAAAUAAACAACUCAAACUACAAUGACUCUGUAUCUGAUAGUGAUGAUGAUGUAGAGAUUGUUGAAACCCAAACUGAGAAACAAAGUUCGGUGAUUGGUAGAGAUAGUCCAUCUUUAUCACUACAUUCUUCACCUAGUAAGCAGUCUCCAAGUUCAACCAGUACAAGUUGGAAAUCUGAUAUAUAUAAACCUUAUUCUACCAGUUUGGAGCCUAAAUCAGUUCUAUCCAAUCGAACAACUUUGCACACAAGUUCUGUUAAUCGUUCUGAAACCAUUGAUUACAGUCCAUCAGACAGAUAUGGUCGUAGUUCUCAAACCAGUGAAAGUGUUAAUAUUGACUAUAAUAGCGCAGGAGAUCAUGGAUCUGAGGAUAAAUAUGAAUCACCAUUUUUGAGUGAGUUUACAAGAAAACUUGAAUCAACGAAGAGACAAUAUUCUGUAUUAACCCCUCCUAACAAGAAUACUACCUUACUGUCAGAUGAUUCCGGUGUAUCAUACUCACCAACAAGGGAUAUAGCUCGGAGUCCAAUCACUUCUGUAAAUAACACGCACAACAAUUAUAGAACAUUUUCAUCUUACAGUCGUAGGCCAGUACCCUCCAGAACAAAUUCAGCUCUUGAAAACAUAUUUAAGAAGAGUAAUAUAAUUCCUUUGGUGCUUGUGGUAGCAGUUGCAGUAUUCUUUACCUUUGUUGGUUUUAUGUAUCUUGGAAUGAAAGGAAGAACAACAUUUCAAAUAGACUCUAGAGAUCAUAACAUACCUAUUUGUAAGAAAGCUGUUUCAUCUGAUGUUAAUUAUGGUGGGAGGCCAUCGAGACCUGGAGUAAACUGUGUUAUAGAAACUAGUGUAGCAGCAGCCUUGAAUUUAUUCAAAUUUAUUUUGCCUGAGCUGAAUAAUAGAGCUGUCGACUAUAUUUGUCAAAACACCAAAAAUCCUCCAUAUAUGACAAGUGUUGAUAUAACAGAAUUUGUGAAGAAAGAUAACCCUAGAAUGGAACCAGAACGGGUUCUUUCAGAUCUGGAUAAUCUUCAUGUACUUAUAUUGAAAAAUCCACAAUGGGGUGCUUCUAUAAUAGAUAAAACUGACCACACUAUUUUGACAAGCUUGGAUGAAAUACUCAAAUCAGAAACUUACCAGAAUAUAGCAAUAAAGAUAUCGAAUCCUGAUUUACCAUUAUACUGCAUUUUUGCAAAUAAGCUCGUAAAUAUUGUUUAUACUGCAGCUCUUGUCAUUUCUGGUUUGGUGGUUGCAAUAGGCUUGCAGUUCAUUAUUAAAUUUGGUUUGAAAAAGCGAGAAGAAAGAAAUAAGGCAGUGUAUGCAAUGGUGGAACGAAUUGUAGAAGUUUUAUCUCAAGAAUCUGGUGAUGGUGAUGAUUCCUAUAUGGCUAUAAAUCAUGUCCGUGAUAGGCUUAUUCUGCCUCAAGAACGUAAAAAUAUGAGCAGGAUUUGGGAAGAUGCAGUGCAGUUUUUGGAACAAAAUGAUUCUCGUGUUCGUUCUGAAGUGCAAAAUGUUGCUGGUGAGGACUGUAGAGUUUGGCGGUGGUUAGCCACUGGUAACCACACUGCAGGACCCUCGAGCCCUCGCAACAAAAGCAAAGUUUGGCAGGGACAAGCAUUCGAGACUCAAGAGGGUUCUGUUAAUAAUUUACCUGUAUCGCCAACGCCUUGCCUUAAAAUAAGACAAAUGAUAGAUAAACAUGAUGAUAUACCAAAUCUAAAGUCCAUUAUCCAAGAUGCCAUAUUAGAAAAAUGUGGUGACGAUUGCAACAUUCUCCAUGUCUAUGUGGACCAACAACUUCUUUGUGUUUAUGUAAAAUGUGCAUCUAGAAAAGAUGCUGGAAUUGCUUAUAGGAAACUCCACGGUUGCUGGUUCGACGGUAAACUUAUAACUGUUAAAUAUGUUAGACUGGAAAGGUACAUGGAGCGUUUUCCUGAUUCACCUUCUAAUCCACCCUACUUGAAGCCUUCUAACAAUAAAAAACUAUCCCUUCAAUUUUUCAAAGUAGACAAUAGUGAAAAUUUAUAAAUAAAUUAUAGGAACAUUUUGAUCUCACAAAGUUCUUGCAAGCAGCAUUAUCUAUUGAUGAGUCU